GUAAACAACAAAGUUUCUUUUCCAGAGAUCUCAUAAAAAAAUGUUUUUCCGUUGAUGAAGUUUAAAGCAUUUAUACCCAUUAUCUUCAGUUACUAUCGAAAUUAUUUUGCAUUACUAACAAAUCAUCGUCUUUCAUUAAAUUUUUUAGUUAUAUGCAAUUUUUGUUUUUUGAAGAACAAUAUUCUCACACAACACUUAACCAACACAUUGCAUUGAAAUCGCACAGGGCAAGUGACAGUACAUUUCUCAAUUGAAUAAUAGUCGAAAGGCUUUCUCUGUAUAUAAUGACAACAAAGUCAAACUAUAUAGUACCAACACACGAUUUGUAAUCUAUUAAAAGAAGAUGUGUAAUAAAGACUAGAGGAGAGAGAAAUGAGAGAGCUGCUUGAGAGAGAAAGAGGGUUUCCUCCGAGAGGGGGUGGUGAGAGUUGUGGCGAUGGUUCUUUUUUUUCCCAGGUCUACUUCGGCCACUCGGGAUUCUAAGGAGACCGGACCUCAAGGGAGUCUCAAAGUCGGACGUUUUCUCGCAUCUCUAGAGCAUGCGUCAGAAGCUAUUCAGUAGUGCUCGAAUCUUUUGCUAACAAGACCCAUCUGCGUCUGUUGGUUUCCAACCCAGAUGGCCACCGUCGUUACAUUCUCUUCGAACCUGGCCACACCAUUUCUGAAGGAAGUCAUCAGAGUCAAAGAAAUCGGAUUCAAAAAAUACAGAAGAUGGAACGUUCUCGCUAGGUUCCGAAAGGAAGAUAUCGGCAGGUGUUUUGCUGCUCCAGGUGGUCUAAGUUGGAUCAUGGCCUUCGGUGCCCCCCCCCCCCCCCCCCCCCCGCAUCUCAAAUCAAAGGCUAUCAGUGGGGAGUUCGUUGACUUUGAGAAUGGGGACUGGUCUGAUCCCUUUAUCCGCAUCAAAGUUCGGUUGAAUCCGGAUGUCACUAAGGAAAUACCUCUUCUAUUCGGCUCUACAUUAUUCAUGGGAAAAAUUGUGAGUCCGCCGGUGGCUGAUCUGAGAAGAGACCGUCUUAUCGAUAGGAAGAUGAAGCAGCUGAAUAGUUCAAAACCUGAGAAAGUUUGUGAUUCGUGCGCCGUCAUGCGUGCCAGAGUCUUUCCCGAGAAGUAGCGUGGUAAUUUUACCGGUUCAGGGAAGUCGAGCAAUCAUAGUUCCCUCGACGUGCAUGGCAUUGUUAACCGUGGGCCGACGACCUGUAUGCCUAAGAGGAUUCCAACCAAAAAGGCCCGGGUCCGCAAAUUUGGGCCUUGCCCGAGGCCCACUACCCCUAACCAGUGUCGAUUCGGCCCUUCCCCUGAUCUAUGCCUCAACACUGCCUAUGACAAUCCGUCCCCCUGCCCUUCUCAACCUUCCACUACCUGGAAUCCCAACCAAACUUCUAAUACCCUUGGAGAUUUCCAUCUCCCGUCCCCUCCUCCUCUGCCUAAACCCUCCCUUGUCCUCAAUCAGCCUAGAAAUUUCCAUAGCGCCUCAUCCUUGAUUCGGCCCUGGAAUUUUUUUCUCUUCCAUACCUCCGCCUGCGAUUUCUUUCCCAAACUACCCACACCCUUCCUUGCCUAAAAUCUUUAUCCAUAGUCAUUUGAUCAAUCGCGACCUACCUUUUCUUCCCCUCUCUGUUUCCACUAUCGAUACUGUCAUCUCCGCUCCUCCAAUCCCUACUCCCCUUUCCCCUUUUAGAUGUCCCUUGGAGGAUUCAAUCCUCGGUGACUAUCCCAUUGGCUACAACGCUUUACCCCUCUCCCCCGGCCUUUGACAUGUUGGAAGAUCCCGUCGACCACUGCUUGACAAUUGUCCCUUACAACCCGGUUUUGGCAGAGUCUAUUGAAGAUUGGAAAGCUCGGAGUGACCAAAUGGAGAUCAUCAAUAGAAGCAUUGAAGUUUGUAGGAUCCUGGGACUUCAAGUGGAUGAUUCUGGUCCUUUGGCUGAAGAGAAAAUUGCAGGUCUCGCUGAGGAAGUUUGCAGUAGUCGAAGACGCAAGCAUAGAUCAAAAUUGGUGAUGGAAAAACACAGCCUGGGAAUUAGCGAUUGCAACUCCCAUGCCCCGAGAAGGUGGCAAAGAACUGGUCAGUCUUCCGAGAAUGUUUACUCUUGCCCCAGCCAGGAAAGAGGCCCCGUUGGGUCUGGAAAUGGUGCCAAUGGGUAUAUUGCAUCAUGAUUCACUCUAUGAUAGCAUGGAACGUGCGGGGGCUGGGUAAACCUCUUAAAAGAGAUAAGGUAAAAAGGAUCAUCCGUAGAUGGAAGCCUACAAUCGUGGGGCUAACAGAGACUAAGUGGAAAACCUGUGAUCAGGGACGCAUCUUUUCUAUUAGUGGCAAUAAAGCAGUAUAUUGGGUUGCCAAGAAUUCAAUAGGGGCUAGUGUGGGAAUCACCAUUUAUUGAUAUACCAAAGCUUAUGAGUCAUUAUCAGUAUGGGAAGGCAAGUUCUCCCUUGCUGUCAGGCUAAGGGUAAUUGACGGUGUAAAUAUUGUAUCAAUUCUGGUUGUCUAUGGACCACAGGAGGAGAGGAAGUUGGAGUUUCUCCAAGAACUGGAAUUUGUUUGCCAAAACUAUCAGGUUGCACUAUGUAUUAUCGGGGACUUUAACCUCGUUAGAUCUUCAGACGACUUUGUUGGAUAUCCCUGAAGCAUUGAGUUAAUUGAAGAAUUCAAAAACUUCAUCGACAAUUUUAAUCUUAUGGAUCUUCCUCUCCAUGGGUUGAGGUUUACGUGGAGCAAGGGAGGAUAAGAAAACUCUCUAACUUGCAUCGACAGGGCACUUGUAAAUCCAAAAUUCGAAGAAGACUUCUCCCCGGAUGUACUCUGCGCUCUGGAAAGGGUGGAAUCGUAUCACAAUCCCAUUAUGUUGCAAUGGGGGAGAAGAGAAGACUUCCAACAUUCGUGGAGGUUCGAGAACAUGUGGCUUGUUGAGGAGACUUUCCUUCACAGUUUGGUGGGUCGGUGGAGUAUCCCUGUUGGUGGGACCAGUCAUCUGGUAAGGUUUGGGCAGAAGCAGAGGCAGACUAAAUUCAUGAUCAAACAAUGGAAUAAAGAAUACUUUGGUAGAGUGGACAAGAGGAUUGCAAAAUUGUUGGCAAGAAUCAGAGUUAUUGAUGCGAUGGAAGAAGGUGGGCAAAUCAACGAAUAUGUGGCAACUGAGAGAGCCCUUUUGAAAUGCGACAUUGAAAAUGUUAUGUGAGGAAAUUUCGUGGCGGCAGAAGUCCAGGGAGCUGUGGCUUAGGGUGUGAGAUAAAAAUUCAGGGUUCUUCCAUAGAGUGGCCAACCACAAUCGGAGGAGAAACAUAAUAAGGCAUUUGAAAAUCGAUGGCUGCUUGACAGAUGAUGUUAAUGCAAUCAAAGCUGCAUUGAGAGGCUUUUUUCCGUUCAAGUUUAUAGAAGGUGAAGGAAUCAAACCCUUCCCUAAGGAGUAUUGACCCUUUUCUUUCAAAGAUGAUGAAAAUGAAGUGCUUGUGAAGCUAUUUUCCAAAGCUGAGAUUUGGGAAGUCUGUCGGAACUGUAACGACGAUAAAUCUCCUGGUCUAGACGGGUUUACUCUCGAGUUCUUCAAGAAAGGGUGGAAUGUCAUUAAGGCUGAUUUGCUAAAGGCGUUGGAUGACUUUUAUAUCACAGAGACACUUUCUCAAGCAAUUGCACAUUCUUUCAUUUGCUUGAUUCCCAAGAAGUAAGUUGUCGAAGAUAUGUCUGACUUCAGACCGAUAAGUUUGUUGGGUAGUUUGAAUAAGAUAAUUUCUAAGCUUAACUUUAAUCGCCUCCAGCCUUUUAUGACUAGAAUCAUUUCUAGAAAUCAGUUUGGAGGGAAAAACGGUCGAGUGAUCCACGAAGCCAGCCUUAUAGCAAACGAGAUUAUUGAUAGUCGGAGGAGAAGUGGGAAGGCGGGAUUGGUCAUAAAACUUGAUAUCAAAA